AUGCCGCUCUCCCUCGGCCUCGAAGACACGCACGUCCUCAUCACCGGCGGGGCGGGCUUGAUCGGCGGCGCCGUGGUGCGGGCCUUCCUGUCCGAAGGCGCGCACGUCUCGUCGGUCGACAUCGCGCACGCCGACGUCGCGUCGGACGACGAGGAAGAGGAGCCCGAGAGCGAGUACAGCGGGCCGGGCACGCUGCACGAGUACUACGGCGACGUCGCCGACGAGGCCUCGCUCGCGCGCGCGUGGCGCCGCGCCGUCGCCGAGAACGGGCCCGUCGGCUGCUGCGUCGCGCUGGCCGGCCUCGACCUUAGCGUGCUUCCCCGCCGCCACGGCGGUGCAGGAGACGACGAUGACGCUGGUGGUGUAGGUGGUGGAGGUGGCGGCGGCGGAGGUAUUGUCGAUGUUAGCGUCGCGCAGUUCCGCCGCACGCUGGACGUCAAUGUCGUCGGUACGUUCCUGACGGCGCGGCAGUGGUUGAGGGGUAUCCGAGAUGCCGAGAGUAGUUGGGAUUACUUGGAGAAUGCGUCCUUGGUGCUUGUGGGGAGCGAGAGCGGCUGGUUCGGCGAGCGAGGCUAUCCCGACUACGCGGCGGCGAAGAGCGCGGUGCAGGGCGGCUUGUUGAAGAGCCUGGCUGCGGAUGCGCCCAGGGUGUAUGAGAAAGCUCGUGUCAAUGCCGUGGCUCCAGGACCUGUUGAUACCGUGCGGUUCAGGCAAGAGUGCGCCGACAACCCUGACCAAUUGUGGUUGGAUGCGCAGGCUACGACUGGUCUUGGGAAGCCAGUCCCAGUCGAAGCUGUAGCCCGGAGCAUCCUUUUUCUGGCAAGUGACAACUUUAGCAGUCAUGUCCACGGCCAAGUGCUCAAUGUGGAUUCUGGGAAGCAAGGCAAAGUUCUCUGGCCGAAGGAAGACAUUGUGGAUUAUCGGUCGUCACCCUCUCAGUCGCAAGCGUCCGAAGAGGAUUGA